AAAGGCCCCAAGGUGCAGGGGUGGAAGCGCCCCGGGUGAAGGCCAAAUGCGGGGUGGGGUGGGGUGGGGUGGAGGGGCCAGUGGUCUGAGACUGGCUCUGCCACCUGCCAGUUGAGGGCAGCUGGGGGCUGCUGCUCGCCGGUGCUGAACCCAAGCUAGCAGAAGUGGUUUUUCAAGGCCUUCCUCUUGGGUCGGCCUCGGUGUUUUCAAGGUGGUUUUUCCUUCUGCAGGCCAUCCCAGCCUGCCCCCUCCUCCAGCUGUGCCUCGAGACACACCUUUCAGGGGAGAGCUGCUGGGGUAGAGGAGGGGCAGGGCCAGGGCGCAUGUGGAGGCUGGCAUAAGAAGACUGAAGAUGGCUCUUCUUCUCUUAGGGUCUGUGGCCUGAUCCCCAGGAGGAGCUGCUCUGGGUUGCCAUGAGGGAGACCUUGGAGGCCCUCAACUCCCUGGGCUUUUCUGUGGGUCAGCCGGAGUUGGCCCCCCAGAGUGAGCCCAGGGAGGGGUCCUCCAAAGCCCCGGAGCAGCCAGCCUCUUCCAGGGAAGAGCAGACCCUGGUACCCUGUUCUCUGCCAGGACCCGAAGCUCCCAGACCCGAGGAGGGGGCUCACACUGAACAAGCUGAGACUUCCUGCCUUGGAGGCCAGCUGUGCCCACCCCAGAAGACUGAGCCCAUGGGCUCCUGCCCAGGGGAGGAGUGGAUGAUUCGGAAGGUCAAAGUCGAGGAUGAGGAGCAGGAGGCCGAAGAGGAAGUGGAAUGGCCCCAGCAUCUGUCCUUACUGCCCAACCCGUUUCCUGCGCCUGACCUGGGUCACUUGGCGGCUGCAUACAAACUGGAGCCAGGCACACCAGGGGCGUUGAGUGGGUUAGCCCUGGCCGGGUGGGCUCCGGUCGCGGAGAAGCCCUACGGCUGCGGAGAGUGCGAGCGGCGCUUUCGGGACCAGCUGACGUUGCGGCUACACCAGAGGCUGCACCGGGGCGAGGGUCCCUGCGCCUGCCCGGACUGCGGGCGCAGCUUCACGCAGCGCACGCACAUGCUGCUACACCAGCGCAGCCACCACGGCGAGCGACCCUUCCCGUGUUCUGAGUGCGACAAACGCUUCAGCAAGAAGGCGCACCUGACCCGCCACCUGCGCACCCACACGGGCGAGCGGCCCUACCCGUGUGCAGAGUGCGGUAAGCGCUUCAGUCAGAAGAUACACCUGGGCUCCCACCAGAAGACCCACACGGGCGAGCGGCCCUUCCCUUGCACCGAGUGCGAGAAACGCUUUCGAAAGAAGACGCACUUGAUUCGACACCAGCGCAUCCACACGGGCGAGAGACCCUACCAGUGCGCCCAGUGCGCCCGCAGCUUCACACACAAGCAGCACUUGGUGCGGCACCAGAGGGUGCACGAGGCGGCCAGCAGGACCCAGCCUUCCCCCGAAGCUCCCGCCUCGCCCCAUUCCCCUGCUGCAUUACCCACCCCCUCCCCUCCGGGGCCCAGGCCUUUUGCUUGCUCCGACUGCGGCCUGAGUUUCGGCUGGAAAAAGAACCUCGCCACUCACCAGUGUCUGCAUCGCAAUGAGGGGCGUCCUUUUGGGUGUGAGGAGUGUGCGCUGGGCGCCUCGGUGGACCCUGCCACGACCGAGCCCCUGGCCUGUGCUCCCCGGGGUCCGGACUGUGCCCCCGGCUCGGGCCCCGCGGCUGCCCAGCGCGCACCUGCUAGCGACCGGUCCUUCUUCUGUUCCGACUGCGGCCGCGGCUUCGCUCACGGGCAGCACCUGGCGCGGCACCGGCGCGUGCACACUGGAGAACGACCCUUCGCCUGCGCCCAGUGUGGCCGUCGCUUCGGCUCCCGGCCCAACUUGGUCGCCCACGCCAGGGCGCAUAGCGGGGCCAGGCCGUUCGCCUGUACGCAGUGUGGCCGCCGCUUCAGCCGCAAGUCGCACCUGGGCCGCCACCAGGCGGUACACACGGGCAGUCGCCCCCACGCCUGUGCCAUUUGCGCCCGCAGCUUCAGCUCCAAAACCAACCUGAUCCGCCACCAGGCGAUCCACACAGGCUCGCGCCCCUUCCCGUGCCUGCAGUGUGGCAAGAGCUUCAGCCGCAAGACGCACCUGGUGCGGCACCAGCGCAUCCACGGCGAAGCCACGCGCUCCUCCUCAGAAGCGGACCUCUCGGCCGCGGCCUGGCCCACGGCAACGGAUGUGGGGCCUCCUCCAAUCUUUUUCUGAGCCUGCUUCUUGCCAGGAUCCUUUGUCUGGAGAGGUCCCCCCACUCCCCCCGCCGGGCUGUGAGCCCGAGGACCUGGGCUUGCUGCCUGAUGCCUGAGACCCCCUGCCGGCCAGGGUAAGCAGUGGGCAAAGCCUGGCUCUGACCGUUCCUAGCGGAUACCUGUGCACAGGGAACCCCUCCGGGAGCCAUUCAAGCCUCAGGUCUUGGGAGAGUCCCACCCUGACACCCCCUCAGAAAAGCUGACAGUUUCCAGCACCCAGCAUGGCCAAAGAAGGCAUAGCCGGGGCUGUGCAGCCGGGGAUAUGGCUAUUAACUGCAAGUGCCAGGAGCUUCUGGGUUGUCAGUAAUGGGGGAAAUGGGGAGAUCCCUAACUCUGCUGUUCAGCUGCCUGUCCCCAAGCCCCACUGCCCUUUCUGUCUUAGCCAGUUGCUGUUGCUGACUGCUUGCGAAUCAAAACGUAAAACAUGAAACAGAGUGGCCGACCCUCAGUGAGGAGUUGUACAGGAAGAAGCUUGGAGAACUUUCCCUCGUGGCAGAUGCAGCAGAGCAGCUGAAGGAAGUGCAGAGGGGGCAGGCUGCCCUUUGGCCAUCCCCAUGGAGACGGCACGCCAGCCUGGGCUCUGGACUCUGCGCAGCUCUGCUGAAGGGCUCUGGCGCGGCUGCCUCACCUGCUGCCGGUCUGGCAGCCAAGGGGAGGGGUCCAGACAGCAAGAGCAGGCCAAGGUCGCCUGCGCAGCUCACUUUCAAACUGAGAGCUGCAUGAGCCAGGGUCCUGAGUGACUGCACUCUGUCAGCCUGGGCAGAGUCUGAGGAUGCCCAGACAACUGGCAAAGAGCUAGGAAGGCCUGCAAAGGGCACAAGGGGGCAGAGGUGGGGAUCGAAGGGGUUGAGUACUGGGUAUCCCAGUGAGGGCAAGGGGAGGAUGAGGGGGUAGGAAGGCUGGUCUGGGAAUAAGCAUUCUUGGGUCUGGUCCCUCUCCCUCCCUGCCUCAUGGAGGACUUGAGCACAGCAUCCAUUUUUUCCGGGGUAUCCACUUUCUAGAGUUGAAGUUGAUGAGGCCUGAGACCCUGUCCCCUGGAGCACCACCAGCAGCAACAGUGACCUUCGCAAGUACGUGUUAGUUGCCUAGUCUGGGCCAGGUCCUUGCUGAGCCCUGGGCAUAGCAGUAGGCAAGGCAAGAGGGCUUCUGGGCUGCAAGGGAAGUCACCUCUCAAGCUGGGAAAGGUCGAGGGGAUUCUCAUGGUGCAGACACGUCUAGGCUGAGGUCUGGAAAAAGGAUGUGAGUGAGGACGGUGCGGUAUGUAUGCAGGCCCGUGGUGCCGUGAGGCCGGAACGAACAGCCAGUAGGACUGGAAGCCAGGGAAGUGGCCCAAGGACCAGCAACACCUGUGCUGGAGGAAGUGCAGCCUUGGGGGUUGCACAGCAGAGUUUAGGCGCGGCAGAAUCUUGGCACCUCCACAUAACCUUCAGAUUCUGUGUAUUCACACGCAUGACCAGGAGGCCUGGCUCGAGGGAGUAAGGCUGGAAACCUGUAUGUCAGGGGUCUGGUGGCCGUGGUGGCCUGGACCAUGGUUGUGCAGAGGAGACGGACACCCUUGGGGCAGGUGGUGCUGGUCUUGUUGACAGUUGAGGGAAGCGGAGUAGGGGCAGUCAGUGGAGGCAGACAGACUUGUGCAUGAAUGAGCAGGUGGUGGUAGCAUUCUGUGAGCUCGGUUACAGAGCCGAGGGAGCAGCGUUGGACCUGCCGGGCUGGCAUGGCCAGUGUGUGACUGGCAGGAGGUGCAGAGCUCCCAGAACCCUGGGCUGGAGAUAGGUGUGUGUGUGUGUGUGUGUGUGUGUGUGUGUGUGUGUGUGUGUCUAAAGCUCUGGGUUAGUGGACCAUCUUCCCAAGCAGGUGUGUGCUGCUGGCAGAAGCAGGAGUCAGAACCCCUUGGGACCCCAACUUUUGGGAGUAGCAUCGAGAGAAGCCUGUGGGCCAGGAGUGAACAGAAACACCUCCUGAGAGCCAGGGAAGGCCCUCUUGGACCGAGGGAGCAGCAGAAGGUUGUAGGGGCGUGUGUGAACUACGUACAUCCACAGCCUUUGGAUUCUGCAGUGGCCAGUCAAUCUCGGAGUGGGUGGUGUUGAUGGCAGUUGGGGUAGGAUUUGGGGUGCAGAAGUGGAUCACGAAAGGGGGAAAUCCUAAAGCAGGUAGGAGACAAUGCCUGCUGGCCACAGGUGAGGAGUGCCUGUUGAACAGGAAGCCUUUGUUACCACCAGCGGAGAAGAAUGGGUACAGGUGAGUGUUUUAGUUUCAUGGCCAACAGUGAGUCGGUGAUUCCAGGCAGAGGUAGUGGGUGUGAUCACAUGACAGAAAUAAGCCCACCCUACCCCCAUGUUUUGUAUAUCUAGAGAUUUCACAUGGGCUUCUAGCUUCUCUUGUCAAAAG